AUACGACUAAUGCCGAUGUGGCGCGUAUGAUAACGAUCCUCGCGAAGAGUAGGAUUUUGUCGCUCCGUAACAUUCUUACUUCUGCUACUCUCAAAAUGUCUAGUACUCAGGGAGAAAUUGGUAACCCGUAAGUUGUUAUCGGGCCGUUUUUAUUCGUGAUAGUAUAUCACAACGGAAUGAUGUCCAUCACAAGAAAGAUAAUAUAACAAAAGAGGACUCGGUUGACGCCACAGUAAGAGAAUGCUAACGAUUAAUUUUAUUUCAGAGUUACCAUGAAAUGCGGAAAAAUGCUAUUUCAGAGCUCAAAAAGACCCAGGGAAAUCCAUAUCCACACAAAUUUCAUGCAACUAUUUCGCUAGCUGAUUUUAUCAAGAAAUAUUCAUCUUUGAGUCCUGGUGAACAUUUGGAUGAUGUCUCCGUCAGUAUCACAGGCCGUGUUCAUGCAAAGAGGUCAGCUGGAUCAAAAUUAAUAUUCUAUGACAUUCGAUCUGAAGAUUGUCGGUUACAAGUCAUGGCAAACAUUCGUUCCUACAAAUCAGAAACUGAGUUUCAUGAUAUAAAUGAAAUAAUCCACCUGGGUGAUAUCAUUGGCUGUAUUGGUUCUCCAGGUAUUAACAUAAUAUGUAAGUAAUAAUGUUUCAGGCAAAUCCAAACUUGGUGAAUUGAGUAUCAUUCCUCACGAAAUCAAACUUCUAUCUCCGUGUUUGUACCAACUUCCGCACAUGCAUUAUGGCGUUAAGGACAAGGAAACCCGUUUCCGUCAACGUUAUUUGGAUCUCCUCAUGAAUGAGGACGUACGGCAGCGAUUCAUUACACGGGCUCGCAUAAUCAAUUACGUCCGUAGAUUCUUAGAUGAUCUUGGGUUUCUGGAGGUUGAAACACCUAUGAUGAAUACAAUUGCUGGUGGAGCAGCAGCAAAACCAUUUGUCACGUAUCAUAAUGACCUAAAUAUGAAUUUAUAUAUGCGUGUUGCACCAGAACAUUACUUGAAAAUGCUUAUUAUUGGAGGACUCAAUCGUGUCUACGAACUUGGUCGUGUGUUCAGGAAUGAAGGCAUUGACUUAACUCAUAAUCCAGAGUUUACUUCAUGUGAAUUUUAUAUGGCGUAUGCAGAUUAUGAAGAUCUGAUGACUAUUACUGAAGAUUUGAUUUCUGGUUUAGUAAAAUAUCUUUUCGGUUCCUACAUCAUUAAAUAUCAUCCGGAUGGUGCGGAAUCGGACGAGAUAAUUGUCGAUUGUACUCCACCGUUUAAACGUAUCAAUUUCUAUGAUGAUUUAGCAGCUAAACUAAACACUAAACUACCUCUUCCAGAAACAUUUGAAACAGAAGAAACUCGUCAGUUCUUUCUAAAAAUUGCAGCUCAACAUGGUAUUGAUUGUCCAGAACCAAAAACUACAGCCCGAUUAUUAGAUAAGCUGGCUGGCGAAUUCUUAGAACCCUUGUGUGUUAACCCAACUUUUCUUACAUGUCAUCCAUGUAUAAUGAGUCCUUUGGCUAAAGAACAUAGAUCUCGUCCAGGUUUGACGGAACGCUUUGAAUUGUUUAUGCUAAAUAAAGAACUUUGUAAUGCAUAUACAGAGCUGAAUGAUCCAGUUGUACAACGUGAACGAUUCUUGGAACAGGCUAAAGACAAGGCAGCAGGCGACGCUGAAGCCAUGGUGACGGAUGAACAGUUUCUCACGGCUUUAGGUUACGGUCUUCCGCCAACUGCAGGUUGGGGUCUCGGUAUUGAUAGAUUAACUAUGUUCCUGACAAAUACAAAUAACAUUAAGGAAGUUAUCUUGUUCCCUGCUAUGAAACCUGAAGCCAACAGUGCCGCACCCCUAAAUCCAAUGUCUGAAAAGCCACAAGAUAAUAAGUCUUCUGUUUCUGUUAAUAGUUACAUACCAGCUGAACUGUUAAGCAAUACUGAAAAUUUACCAGAUAAUACUGUACUUUUGGAUAGCAGUAAUUUAUCGCCUAAAUCAUCAUUAUCACCUCAAAUCAAAGUAUCACCAAUACCAACUUCAAAAACACAAAAUUCUCCAAGUCAAGAAACUAGUGAAACGCCACCUUCCAGUACAGGUAAAGGCGGAAAGAAGAAAAAGGGACGACGAUCAUAAUUCCCAAAAAAGGUUAUGACUGUUAAUGAGAAACCUGGGGUAGACAUUAAUGGUGUGUUGUAAAUGCAUUUCACAAGGAUAACCUUUUGCUUAUGCUUUUUUGGUACAAAUAAAAUUUCACAUGAUCUAC